GAGUCAGUGAGCCGCUGCACGAGCAGGAGACAGCGGGAGGACCUGAUCACUGUAUCGGAUACUUAAACAUCUCUGCUUUACUCUUCACCCGGGACAUGAAACCCGUGUUUUAACCGCGUUUACACUGCACUCUCCAGCCCAAGAUGACGGUGGAUUUCGAAGAAUGUAUUAAAGAUUCACCCCGGUUUAGGGCAAAUAUUGAUGAGGUGGAGACGGAGGUGGUGGAGAUCGAGGCCAAACUAGAUAAGCUGGUGAAGCUAUGCAGUGGGAUGAUUGAAGCGGGGAAGGCGUACGCCAGCGCCAACAAGCUCUUCGUCAACGGCAUCCGGGAUCUGUCUCAGCAGUGCAAGAAGGAUGAAACGAUCUCGGAGUGCCUGGAAAAGUGCGGUGAAAGCCUCCAGGAAAUCAUCAACUACCACAUGAUCCUGUUCGAUCAGGCUCAGCGCUCUGUGAAGCAGCAGUUGCACAACUUUGUGAAAGAGGAUGUUCGCAAGUUCAAGGAGACCAAGAAGCACUUCGACAGGGUGCGAGAGGACAUGGAGAUAGCGCAGGUGAAGAACGCUCAGGCGCCGAGGAACAAACCUCACGAGGUGGAGGAAGCAGCCGGCACACUCAGCAUCACUCGCAAGUGCUUCCGACACCUCGCUCUGGACUACGUACUACAGAUUAAUGUCCUCCAGGCCAAGAAGAAAUUUGAGAUCCUAGAUGCUAUGCUGUCCUUCAUGCACGCCCAGUACUCGCUGUUCCAGCAGGGCUACAACCUGCUGGAUGAGAUCGACCCGUACAUGAAGAAACUGGCUGCUGAGCUGGAUCAGCUGGUGAUUGAUUCGGCCAUGGAGAAGAGGGAAAUGGAGCAUAAACAUGCGACCAUUCAGCAGAGGACCCUCAUGCAGGACUUUUCGUAUGACGACUCGAAGGUGGAGUUCAACGUAGAUGCUCCUAAUGGUGUGGUGAUGGAGGGCUACUUGUUCAAGAGGGCCAGCAACGCCUUUAAGACCUGGAACAGGCGGUGGUUUUCCAUACAGAACAGUCAGCUGGUCUAUCAGAAGAAGCUCAAGGAUUCUCUGACGGUGGUGGUGGAAGACCUGCGGCUGUGCUCUGUGAAACCGUGUGAGGACAUCGAGAGGAGGUUCUGCUUCGAGGUCGUCUCGCCCUCCAAGAGCUGUAUGCUUCAGGCUGAGUCUGAGAAGCUGAGACAAGCAUGGAUUCAGGCGGUUCAAGCUAGCAUCGCUUCAGCCUACAGAGAGAGCCCAGACACCUACUACAUAGAGCAUCUGGACAGAACGGCCUCUCCGUCCACAAGCAGUAUCGACUCAGCCAGCGAGCCGCGGGAGCGCAGCGUCCGAGGGGAGACCAUCCUGCAGCGGAUCCAGUGUCUGCCGGGGAACGAGCAGUGCUGUGACUGCGGCCAGGCUGACCCUCGCUGGGCCUCGAUCAACCUGGGCAUCCUGCUGUGCAUCGAGUGCUCUGGCAUCCACAGGAGUCUCGGAGUUCACUGUUCGAAGGUUCGCUCACUCACACUGGACUCAUGGGAACCAGAAUUAUUAAAGUUGAUGUGUGAGCUUGGAAACAGCGUCAUCAACCACAUCUAUGAAGGUUCAUACCAAGAACAAGGUCUAAAGAAACCGUUACCGUCCAGUUCAAGGCAGGAGAAGGAGGCCUGGAUUAAAGCAAAGUACGUAGAGAAGAAAUUCCUGAAGAAGCUGGGCUCCACGGAGAUACUCAUCAAUGGAGAGAGGAAGUCGGAGCGGCGGUGGAGCGUGAAGAAGUGUCGGAGGCACAACAGCGCCACCACCGUACCAAAAACACGGCGAAGAUACCGGCAAGAGCCUGGAAGCAUCUCCCCGUCGACCCUCUCCGCAGCAGCUGCUAAGUUCAGACGAGACUCCCUGUUCUGUCCCGAUGAGCUGGACUCUCUCUUCUCCUACUUCGACACAGGAUCUGGGCCUCGAAGUCCGGCAGGCUUAAGCAGCGACAGCGGGUUGGGAGGCAGCACAGAUGGCAGCACGGACAUCCUGGUGUUUGGCUCAGUUGUGGACAGCGUCACAGAGGAGUGUGAGGUGUCAGAGGACUCAAGCGGUGAAGCUGAGUUGGAGGCUGAGCCGGAGACGUCAGACCCGGAGGACAUCAGGGACCUUCAUCCCGGAGCGCUGCUUUUCAAAGCCUCGAAAGCCCGCAACCUGCCCGUCAUGGCUGAAGCACUGGCUCAUGGGGCAGAUGUCAAUUUGGUCAACGAUGAGGACGAAGGAAAGACGCCCCUCAUACAGGCCGUAAUCGGGGGUUCGUUGAUCGCCUGCGAGUUCCUGCUCCAGAACGCUGCUGACGUCAACCAGAGGGACGCCAGAGGGAGGGGCCCCCUGCAUCACGCCACAUAUCUGGGACACACGGGGCAGGUGUGUUUAUUCCUAAAACGAGGAGCUACACAGAACGACGAGGAUGAGGAUGGCCAGGACCCUUUGAGUAUCGCUGUACAGCAAGCCAAUGCAGACAUCGUCACACUGCUGCGUCUGGCCAGGAUGAACGAGGAGAUGCGGGAGUCGGAGGGACCGUUCGGACAGCCAGGAGACGCCACAUACCUCGACAUCUUCCGAGAAUUUUCUCACAUGGCAUCCCACAACCCGGAGAAGCUGAAACGAAGGAGCGUGCACUUCCGACACUCCUUCAGGUAGUCCGCCAGUGAGCGUCUGGAGAGGAGCAAAAACAUGUACUUGAAAAGUGCAACAGCCACUUUCCAUAGAAAGUCACAAUUGGGGCCCAACAUCAAGUAAACCUGAUAAUAAAAGCAUAUUUUCACUAUCAUAAUAUGACUGUUUUAUUCCACAGAGAAAUUCACCUUUGAAGUGCAUCAAAGUGAAGAAGUCAUGUCAAUUUUUUGAUGCUGUUCAUGAUUGUUCAACUUUUACAAUAGCUGCAUUAUACCUGCAAGAGUCCUGUGCUGUUCUUAGAUCAACCUUUUAUUUUGAAAUGAGGAUUUGCUGGUCUCUUCCUCUUAUAAAUGCAUCUGUAUAAAUAUAGCAUUGCUUUUGUACAGUGUUAACUUUUUGGAUGAAAUGCCAAGCACUUGUUUUCUUUGUUUUGUUCAACAUGAUCGAUGUAUUGAAGGAAUACUUUACAUAAAUACACGUCCGUGUAUGUAAUGCAUGCAUUUACUCCCAUUAUAUUUCAUACUUAAACUUGAAUUCAGCUACAGUAUAUUGUAUGGAUAAAGAGUGUCAUAUCAUCAGUUAGCAUCAUCGUCGGUCUUGAAGUCGCAGCGUUGUUUCUCUUGAUGAGCAGUUGAUUUUUGUCAUAUUUGUUUUGCACCGACUAUGCUGGUGUAGUCUCGGUAAUAUUUUGUGGAAAUGUACGUUGCAGUACCACUAUGAAAUGCAGUGCUUAUGUUACUGUAUACAUGCUGUAGAGGCAAAAAUGCUAAUAUAUCUGAAUGAGCAGGAAUGCAGAUGGAAGACGGAUGAAAAAUAAAC